GCUGACCGACUGCUUCACUAUGGCUCGAUGGAAAGGAAGGAGCGUUAUUUCAGAAUCUCUUGUCUCCCUUCUAUUGUUCUGCAGCAUCGUCGUGACAAAAGCUUUCCUCUGCCGUCCUGCCGGAUGGAGCCAGUUGCAUGUGCAGGCUUCAAGGUACCAUGGGGUCGGUGGAAAAGGAUCGCCCGCGAGUAGCCGAAAUCGUGAGCGACAUCGCAAGACAAUCGAAGCGACUCGGUUGCGGGCAUCGGCGGCGGCGUCGCCUGCGGGGGAGCCACAACAGCAACGCGCGGAGACGUCUCUCGGCAUGCUGGAUGCGGCGAUUGUCAUUCCCCUAGCAUCAACGGAAGAACAAGACGGUAGCAGUAGUGACAAAGGCAGCGGCGGCGGCAAUGAGUUUUCUAUCCCUGCGCCCAACGAGCACCGGGAGAUGAAGGACGUCGGCGAGGGUGGCGUAGGAGGGGUGAAAGGGAGACAGAAGCUAAGGUCACUUUGCGGUGUUUUCCGCCGUGCUUCUUCCAAGGCCUUGUCGUACUUGACCAUCAUGACCACGUGGAUCAUCUUCCGCUUCUUGCUCAAGGGACUCAAUAAGGUGGAGUGCCACAACAGGCAGGAGUUGCUGGAUGCCGUGCUCGACCGGGGGGACAGGGGACUGCUGACAGUGAGCAAUCACAUGUGCGUGUACGACGACCCUGGGCUGUGGUCGGCUCUCGUACCAUUCUGGAGGACGGGGAGGAAAAGAAUGCGGUGGGCGCUGUGCACGGACGACAUCUACUACGCUCACCCUGUCCUCAAGAACAUCUUCGACGCCGGAAGGACUUUACCCAUCAAGCGUAACCGGGGGAUGGAACAGCCGCUUUUCAAGGCGUUCUUCCAAAAGCUGGAGGGAGGGGAAUGGGGACACAUCUUUGCCGAAGGAGCAAUACGCCAGCCCUGGAGGUUCAGCAGGGGCGAACCUAUCCUGGGGGACUUUAAGGCUGGGAUAGGCCGGCUUCUGCUAAGGAGCAAGGACCCGCCGCUGGUUCUCCCCAUGUACCACAUCGGCAUGCACCAGAUCGCAUCGGAGGCGCCCACCCACAAGCGCGGCCGGGGGAAGCUGUUGAAGAUCAUGCCCAACUUUGGGAGAACGGUUCGAGUUUACGUCGGAGAACCCAUUGACGUCGCCCCAAUCAUCGAGAAAUGCCGGGAACGGAUCGGCGAUGUGCGGAACCUUCCAUGGACCAAGCGAUCGAGCAUGGAGGAGGUCGCAUGCCACCGAGAGAUCGCGGCCUACAUCAGGGAGCACGUGCUCAAGCUAGAGGCGGUGGCCAGGAAGGACUACUACGGAGACGACCCGGACGCGUCUCCGUACGCACUGAAGUAGAACCGCGUUCCCUUUCGGGUUGGUUGCGAAGGAGCAAAGGGGGGGCUUUGGUACUGGUUCCCUUGUCCCGCCGAUUUGUGGGGGGAAGUUUCCGACUUUUCGCUGCCAGUCGGUUUUUGGAGACGAUGGAGCCAGAGGCUGUGCACUCACGAUUUGCGCUGCUUUUUUUUUAUGUGAUUUUACUGUGUUUUCUAGUUGCUUUUUGCACGCUUGUGGACAUGUAUACUGACAGCGUCUCAUGUACGUAGCUUACAUAGGCCUCGCAUGAGGGAUUGUUGUAGAAGAAAUUCCAAUAGAUCUCUGGUACUGACGAUCGUAUAGAGCUUGUUGGGUGCCAGUGUAUAGAUCAUGUACAGAUUUCCACUUGCUAAAGGGUGGAACAUGAUGACGUCCAUCGCAGGGAGAGUAGGACGUUUUCCUGAAGGUGCGGAGCUUCUCGUGCACUUGGUGUGCAGGUGGCCACAACCGCGAGUUUGGCAUGUACCCACUAAGAACUCGCGUACCACCUAUGUACGCCUCGUGUAGGUAUCUACUUGUUCGCAAACGUGAUUUUUUCUUGUACUAAGUAAUAUAAAGAGCAAGUUGUAAGGAAAGAAAAUGUUGGCUCGUAUCUCAUGGUAGAGUUUAUCACAUACCACUUCAUAGAAUUUAGAUACUUUGGUAUUAUUUCUGUCGGUUAGGAUGAGACGCUGUCAGUGAGUGUACCAGUGAUCCAUCGUUUUUUUUGUCUGCAUCGCCGCCCCUAUACCCUUGACGCCGGUUGCGACAAGCUUUCCUGCUGGUGUUGUCAGUAUCGAGUGACGGGUCGACAGCGGUGCACAGCAAUGGCCCGUCAACUCUUGGCUUCAAGCGUACACUUGGAGUACCGUAUCUUAAGGGACAACCUCAACACUCUUGAGUGGGAG